AUGUCCCAAAUAUUAACUAAAGUUCGUGAUGUGGAUCCAAAUAAUGGCGACUCAGUCAAAGAAGUACUGACGUCCUAUUUUCAAAAUGUAGUUAAGCAUACAGAAGUAAACUGUAAUCAAUGGUUGCAAACAUUAGAGGAUAUACUUAACCGGUUCCCAAGAUACUGUUCGUCCCAUCGAACAACAAUUGAAACUUACCUUUCACAUUUUGUUAGUGGUAGUAACUACUAUGAUGUUAUUUAUGCAGCUAAGUGUGCACACGCCUUGCAACAGGUUCGAUGGCCACAAGAUAGAACAGCUACUGCAAAAUCAGCUUGGAGAGAUCAGAUGGAAUUGCUUUGCAAUGCAGCCCAUUCUCUGAUUGAUGCUCUUUUCGUUGAAUCUGUCGAUUUGUACAAGGGAAAAGGGAAAAAGGUUCAUACUCAGUCCAAUUCAAAUUCCCCUUUAACAACAGCUUUGCUACGUAUAACAGCCACGGGAGGAUCAAUUGUCAAAAAUAAAGGAAUAUUGCAAAACAGAAUUAGAAACAUAUUUAUUUUUAUACAAGCAAUGAUAGUAGAAAUGUAUCCAGUUGCAAAGCCGAUAAGACCACAAAUAAUAUUAGAUGUCAUUGUAAGGGCACUCAGUGUAACCAGUGGGAAAAACCAUGUAUCUAAUGAUGUUGCUCCAGUAAAAAUUCAAGCUCUGAGGACCAUAGAUGCUCUAAUUGCCUGUCUAGAUGCAAAUCUUAUUCCAUUCUCUCCACUAGUCUUUAGAAUAGUAAUGCAAACACUUAGAUGGACUACUGACAAUCCAAGUCAAGACUCAAGGGAUAUACGAAAGUCUGCUUAUAGCACUCUUGUCAACUGGCUAACCACACUGCACUCUCACCGUUUCACGACUGGUAACUCUUCCUGGGAAGACGAACUAACUAGUCAUAUUAUUGGUGAUACAACGCCAACGAAAAAAACUGUUCAACUUACUAUGAGCGGUCAAUCCUUGAAAAAUCUAAGCAAAAAGGCCAGAAGAAAACUGCAGAACACAAUGUUAAAAGAGAGCACAAUCUCGGCCCACAUGCCAGGCGAAAAGAAUAAACAUAUUGUAGAAGAAGAAAAUGACACUGAAGUCGCAAUGUCUGCUUUGGAAUGUGCCGAAGUUUUUUUGUCAGUGUGUGGUGUAUUCUUGAAGCCAACAACUCACAAGGUAUUUCAGGAGCAUUUCGUGCGCGAGUGUUAUAGCGCAAGAAUCUACUCUUCUGACUAUUUACUAUCGCUGCUGCAUGUAUUAGAAGCUUUGAGGAAGACCACUCCUCCAACAGUGCCGCCACCAACGCAGUAUUGCCUUCAUUUAUACAGUACAUUAACAAACAACCAUUCCAAAGAGAUUUCAAAAUUCUGCUGUCAAGCUUUACUAGACAUAAGACUGCAUUUGCACUGUUCACCGCCUUCAAUCAGUUUUGCACUAGAAACACGCCCGGAGAAAGAAAAGGCAAUCGAAAAAAGGAAAAUAAUUUCGGAGAGAAACAUAGCAGCAUUGGAAAAGCUUCUUGGUCCUGAUAAGGUACCCAGACAAAGCGGUAAUGAAAUAAUUACUGUCUCUGAUGAACCACUGUAUAAGAAGUCACGUCUAGACGAUGAAGUAGAUAAUAUAAGCUUAAGCAGCGCAUCUGUAUGUUCAGUAGAAAUCCAUGAUGUAAUUGAAGAAAAUCCUAAAACACCUAAAGAAUUAACAAAUGAAAAUAAAGUGAAUAAUGAAACAAGCCCCGUAAAUGAACAGUGUAACAAAAAUUAUAACAAUGAAGUUAAAAAUACAGAGGUUCAUGUUAUAGAAGAAAACGAUGAGGACGUAGAAAUAUUAGAACUUAAUAUUACGGAAGAUGCAGAAGAAAUUGAAAAAAAUACUGCAAAAAACGUGCCAAUUUAUGAACAGAAAACUCAGAUUCCGUUAAAUUCGGUGAAUGAUGGAGUUGAUGAUGAGGAGAGAUCUUUAUCCAUGGAAGUUGCCUAUGAUUACCCUAAUGGGGGUUCGGGAAAAGUGACAGUUUUAGAAAAACUGGAUGAUGAAAAUCUACCCAGUACUAAUGAAACCGAUGAUGUCCAAAUAACUUGCGGGCAAGUAUUGUUAACAUCACAAGAGAUUGAACCAGAAAAUCAACCUAAAGAAACUGUAAAAAUGACUCCUGACCAUGAGAUGAAAAUAAAUGGGAUAAUUGAAUCAAAUGGAGAUAUUAAUGAAGCAAAGACCCAAGUUGCUAUUAAUACUGAAAGUAAAUUAUGUAAAAUUGAUGGCAUUACUGUUGAAGAUAUGUUAGCAGAUUUUGUGGAUGAAGUUGAUGAUAAGAAAGUUGCUGUU